GACAAUCAGCUGUUGAGAGAGAAAAACAACAAACACCAACUUGCAAAACAAUCUCGCCCAUUUUUUGAUAAAGUUUGUUGAUACGGGUGCUGGAAAUUGCGGCAUAUUUUCUAUAAUUACUUAUCUUGUGUGUAUCUUCAAUUAAUAAGACAAACCAUUGCCCGAAAAGAGAUAAGAAUUCGAAAACGUCAUACAUUCCUUGCUCGUAGUAUCACAAUAAAUCGCCUUGAUCGAUUUCAUGGUGAACAACAUGUAUACACAUCUUUCGGGAGGCCGAGCCAACAUACAGCUGCUGCAAGAAGCUGCUGUGCGCGAAUUCGUUAAAAUUCUAGAUCGAUGCGAAGGAACAAAGGCUAUCAUAUGGGAUGAGUCAUUGGGUGGACCGGUCGGGCUGGUGGCACGGUACACAUUCCUUAAGGAGCACCACGUUACCAAGAUGUAUCCACUGCGGUCGGAAGCAUGGACGGAUAUCGAUGUGAAGAACAUUAUCUUCAUAACACGCCCACAUCAAACGCUGAUGGAUUACAUCGCCAACAACAUUCACGAGGAGGAACGCAAGCGAAAAGUGUCCCGCAAGGAAUAUUUCCUGUAUUUUCUUCCCAAAAAAUCGUUCCUUUGCGAAAAGCGACUCCAGAUCAAGGGAGUGCACGGCAGCCUUUCCUACAUCGGUGAGUUUCGCUGUGAGUUUUUCCCAUUCGACAAUGAUCUCCUUUCCAUGGAGCUGAAAGAUGCCUACAAGGAGAUCUACAUCGAGGGUGACACGAGUUCGCUCCACCAAUCCGCUUGUGCGCUUGUUGCGCUACAGAAACUAUACGGACGCAUUCCGAAGGUUUACGGCAUCGGAAGCUACGCGCAGCGUGUUUGGGAGAUUACAAAAGCCCUGACCGAGGAAGAUGGACACGUAAUCAAUAAUGUCGAGAAAGGUGUCAUCGACCAGAUGCUCAUUAUCGAUCGUUCGACCGACCUGAUGAGUGUGCUGGCAACGCAACUCACCUACGAAGGGCUGAUAGAUGAGAUUUUCGGCAUCAACAAUACGACGGUGAAUCUGCCGGCGGAAAAAUUCAACACUGGCGAAGGUCUUUCGACCGACAGGAACACCGAAAAAAGCCAAUUCAUACUGAACUCGAAGGAGCAACUGUACACGGAGCUGAGGGACAAAAACUUCAACGCGGUCGGUGCGGUUCUGUCGCGCAUGGCUAAAUCUAUUCGAUCGCGAGCGAACGAAAACCAUGGCGAAAAGUCAAUUCAAGAACUGAAGAAAUUUGUCGAAAGUUUGCCACACAUCAAGUCAAACGAGCAAUCGCUUGCGACACACACCACGAUCGCUGAGCUGGUGCAGGAUGUGAUCUCGUCACACGCAUUCCUGGACGUGUUGGGAUGUGAGCAAGAAUUCCUGCUCUGCUCCGACGUGGAUAAACCGAACAGCUUCAUCGAGGAUAUGAUUGCGAAGGAGGCACCGAUACGGAACGUGCUUCGAUUGAUUUGCAUGCAAUCGAUAGCCGGAUCGGGCCUGAAGCCCAAAGUAUUAGACUACUACAAACGCGAGCUGGUGCAGGUUUACGGAUUGAAAACGCUCCUUACGCUGGGUAACCUCGAAAAGGCGGGCCUACUUCGAGCGCAGACCGGAUCCCGCACCUAUCACGUGCUUCGCAAAACACUCAAUCUUACCGCCGAAACACCGGAAGAAGUGUCGCCGAAGGACAUUACGUACGUGCACAGUAUCUACGCACCGCUGUCCGUGCGCAUCGUUGAGCAGCAUCUGAAACCGAACGGAUGGCAACUGUUGACGGAAAAGCUUUCUUCACUACCGGGACCAACGUUUGAAGAUUUUCAAGCUUCCCCGAGCUUGAGCAGUCGACGCGGUUCGUUUACCAGUGAAAUGUCCCAGUCCGACAUUCCGCGAGUGAUUGUGGUGUUCUUCAUCGGUGGAUGCACGUUUGCGGAGGUUUCUGCUCUUCGGUUCCUCGCGCAACAGGAUGAGAACAACGUGGAGUUUGUUAUCUGCACGACAAAGCUCAUCAAUAAGAACACGUUCCUGGACUCGUUCAUUGAAGCGUAGAGCAAGGUUACGUUUGUGGCAUCGCAUUGCGUAGGGCGUAGCGAUGAUGCCUUUCCGAAUAACACAAAUAUCGCUUGUAUUUAAGUAACGAAUAAAUAAAAUAUAUUAAAUAGUGACCGGAAAGCA